AAAACGAAACCAGAAGAGGUCUGGAGUAAUGAGACUGGGGGAGUGAAGGAGGCAGGUGUCCCAGUUGAGCGUUGGCAUACCAGUGGGAGGCCAAGCAAGGAUGCUGGAGGCAGAUGCAGACCCAGCAGGUCAAGUAGCAGCAGAGGGAGAAACGGAGGCAGAAAUGGGGAGCGGAGACAUGAGGUGUGAGGUGGCGAGGCUGACUCUGGAGCUCCAGGAGGCCACAGAGGAGAAGCUACAGGCAGCCCGCUAUGGCCUUGUAGUGCUGGAGGAAAGUGCUGCCCUCAAGAAGAAACACAGGCAGCUGGAAGAGGAGCAUGAAAUCCUGAAAGUGGAGCUUCAGCAGCUCAGAGAGGCAUUUGCAGAUUCUGUGAGCAGCCAAAAGCGUGCAGCUGCGGAUGGAGAGUGCCGGGAGGAGAAUUUGCUGCAGGAGACUGCCACUAAGGAGGCUGCCAUGGCAACCCGCAUAGAGGAAGUCCAGGCGGAGCUCAAGCAAGCACGCCUUGCUCUUGGCAAUGCUCACGCAGAGAUCGAUAGACUGGGGGUGUUCUCCACCCAGCUAAAAAAGGAGUGUGAGUGUCUGGAUGCAGAAAAGGGUCAUAUGAGGGAUGAGAUGAAGGAAUUUAAAGUACGUGAGAUGCGCCAGUUGCAGGACAAUGCUGAGCUGGAGGAGGAAAAUAUAUCUCUGCAAAAACAGGUGUCUGUGCUCAAGGAAAACCAGGUUGAGUUUGAAUCAAUAAAGCUGGAACUGACCCAGAAGAACGAGGAGCAAGAGGAGCUGCGUGGUCAGAUGGAGGAGGCGGAGAGGCUGAGGGAGAUAGCAGAGAGGCAGCUGGAUGAGGCCCUGGAAGCCCUGAAGGAGGAGAGGGAGCAGAAGAACAAUCUACGACGGGAACUCUCUGCCCUGACCCUAAACCCCUUUGAUUCUGUGGGGAACCUGGAACUCCACCUUGAGCAGCUGGAUGACAGCCAGGAGGAGGGCCAGGGGGGAGAGGGAGAAGGUGAGGGAGAGGACCAGGACAGUGGCAUUAAUAAUGGUCCUGGGUCUGCUCCCGGUUCUGCUCACCCUCCUCACUUGGGGGGCUCAAAAAGUAACGGCCUCAUCCAUCGCUUCUCCACUCCACGCAACAGUGACAUGUUUCUGCGUGCUCCGGCCUCCGGGCUGGUGUCGGACCUGCUUAGUGAGCUGCACUUUUCAGACAGUCAGAAACUAAAGCAGCAACUCCUACAGGCGGAACGCGAAAAGUCCGGUCUGACAAGCAAGGUAGAGGAACUGCAGAUGCAGCUUGUAAUGUCCAAACAGGCACUCGGCCAGCAGGAGGACAAGGUUGGAUCUCUCACCCAGCAACUAGAAGCUGUGCAGAGAAGCCAGCAACACAACCAAGAGGCAGACGACGGGGAUGAUGACGAGACGGAGAAUGGAGACAAUGCAGGCUUUGAUUAUGAGGUCGACACCAAGAGCAAGGAGGUGUUAGAGGCGCGCAUGCGUUCAGCCAGUGAGGAGCUUCUGAAGCUGCGAGAUGAACUGUCGCAAGCAGGAACGAGAUACAACACUCUGGAGCAGCGAUACAAGCAGGAGAAGGAUCGUUGGAGGGCAGAGGCCCAGGAGUUGGCCGACAAGAUCCGUCAGUGCAUCAAGUCCAGCAAGCAGGACCAGGAGCGCAUCGGAGAGCUGGAGAAGGAGAUCGGAGCCACUCGGAAAGUGGCAAUUGAUUCAGAGGGGCACUUGAGCGUUGCCCAGGAGGAGCUGCUGGCCUUCUCUGAGGAGCUGUCCAACCUCUAUCACCACAUCUGUGUGUGCAACAACCUGACACCCAAACGAGUCACCCUGGACUAUUACCGUGAUGGUGCCAGGGCAAGUGGUGGAGGAGGUAGUGCUCGAAGAUCUCACUACGUAUACCCUCAGCACAGCGCCCAGAAGAAGCCAAAAGCCAAUGAGAUGUUCAACUCUAAAGCUGCAGCGCUGCAGUUUAUGGGCGAGGUGGACAGUGCAGGAACCAGCACAGAAUCUCCAAGCUGCCCUGGAUCACCCACACUGGAUUUCAGGGACCCCUCUAAUGUUCGCAACUUGGUUGCUGUCAUCCGCUGCCAGAUAAAACACCUCCGGGUGGCAGUGGACCUCUGUCGUCAGAGGGGCGCGAUGCCUUACUCCGGGUUGAGCAGCAGUGGAGAGUCAGAGCGGGAUGCUGAAAGCCUCCUGGAAGAAGUGCUAAAGCUCAAGUCCCUUCUCAGCACCAAGAGAGAACAGAUAGCGACGCUCAGGACGGUCCUCAAGGCUAACAAACAGACUGCAGAGUUGGCUCUGUCCAAUUUAAAAACCAAGUAUGAGACGGAGAAGAGCAUGGUGUCAGAGACCAUGAUGAAACUGCGGAACGAGCUCAAAGCCUUGAAGGAGGACGCUGCUACCUUUUCGUCACUGCGAGUCAUGUUUGCCAGUCGGUGUGACCAGUAUGUCACCCAGUUGGAUGAGAUGCAGAGGCAGCUGGCAGCGGCCGAGGAUGAGAAGAAGACACUGAAUUCUCUGCUGCGUAUGGCCAUACAGCAGAAGCUGGCUCUCACUCAGCGCUUGGAGGACCUGGAGGCCCCAAUGUCGCCCCACAGCUUGAACAGCAGUCCCCGCCGCUCCCGCGCCAAAGAACUGGCCGCCAAGUCAGGCCGGGCCCCACGCAGCCCUAGAAGCAGUCCUGCACGCCCCACACUGAGGAGCAGUCCACGAGCCAGCCCGGUUCUUGGCAGCAGCAUUCCGGCCAUGGCCACGCACCACCUGAGGAGUCUGACCAGAAGCCUCCACACGAGCCCCGUAAGAACCGCUCUCUGUCCUUGUCCCGACGACACCAUCCAGCGCUGAAACGCUCCUUCCAUUACUUCAAACCCCCUCGUCUCCAUAAGGACCUGUCUUCAUGUUGACUCCCCGGCUCCCUCCUCCUCCUUUUCCUGACUCAAGACAUCCUGUCCAUCCCAGAUAUGAUGCAACAUUCCCCACUAUAACUUCCAGAUCCAUGGAUUGUUUUUAAAAGUUUAAAAAAAAGACAAAAAAAAGACAAAAAAACAAAUUCUCUCAUCCCGCCCUCCCUCUUGGUUUUUGUCUGCUUGGAGCGGAGAAACCUGCAUGCAGCCUGGAGAAGGAUGAAGAGACAAAUGUGCUGCUCAUUCCUCUGUGAAGUCAUUGACUGUGUCUUGUCCCGAGUGGAACGAACUUCCAUCUGGUCUUGUUCAAGACUUUGUGUUGUGGUGAACCAUUGACAGUAUUUAUUCCGGAAACUUGUCAUGUACAGCAUUUACUUUCCUCCGACUUUGAUUUAAAGCUAUGAUGUGAUUUAAGGCUACAAGUCUUUACUCUUUUUUGCCUUCUGGCUGGCACCCUGGUCAGGCCUGUCUGGCAUCGUAGCUGGCAUUGUAGUGUCAGUAAGCAAUUAGGUCAUCUGUGAUAGCUCACCCAGGUAGUUGUUUUUAUAGAAACAGUGCCGCCUUACUUACAGACUUACAAUCCUAUGAGUAGAGAGCUUGCUUUUGUCUUGAGGUUCCUCCUUUUCACAGUUACACGCCCCUUUAUAAUCCUGUGAUGAAUCUGGCUCUUCAGCCACACCCUUUAACUCGAGGUCAGUAAACACGCCAUUUGAUGUAUGGUAAUAAAUCAGCCAUAAGUUCACCACCUCAGGUCAAACGCAGAUUAAACAAAUACAGGAUUUGGGUGAUCUUAAAUGUGCAUUUUACUUUGCGAUCUAUGCAGACCACGUCGAGACAGUGCCUGUAACCUCCUGCUGUUCUUUAGGAUCAGGGUGGCUUUUGAAUCUUACCGCCAUUUGCAGUUUUCAGUGGCUGGUUGCGGCUGUUUCGCAACAGCCGUUUAGCAUCUGUCAAAGCAAGGAGGGUUUGCAGAUCAUGGGGCGGUGCUAACUGGCGUUUGCUAAAGUAUCCUAUUUUCAGUAAAAAAAAAAGUACUUUUCCCACUUUUGGGGCCGAUGGAGUCAAAAUCACUGUCUCGCAUCAAAUAAGAAUUUAAGUGGCUUGGUUUGCCUAAAACUUUAAUGUAGGGCCAUGGUCAUGUCUACUAACUACAUAACCUUCGUCAUAACAGGCCUCAUUCAGCUUCAGCUUGUCCUGGCUCCUUUGGGCAGCCAAGCAACAAAGUCAAUGUUGUGUAUUUCAUCCCUCCAUGUCAACUUGCUUUUUUUGUGCUAUCAAAGUAAGCAUGUCGUGAUGGACUAGUGUUAGCCACUGAGCGCUAGUUUUCUUCCCUUGUGGCUAAAUUAUCCAGUGUUUACAGUUAGAAACGCUAAUAGUGCUAGCAGGCUGCUGUUUGUGUUGCUGCUUUGAGAAAAAAAAACUAAAUGAUAAUAUUGUCCCAUCAUUUUGAAAAGCAUUGCACAGUGCUUUAACUCUAGCGGCACGUUAUGACUUGAAAAACUAAUAAUCUAAAGAGAACAAAAUGUAACGAACAAUUAACUCCCGACAUGACAUUGCUUAGCUAGUCAAAGCCGCAGAAAAGAAACUGUAAAUGAACAUGUAUCUGUUGAUACAACACGGUUUGCUUUUAGAGUAGGUAGAUGCCAGGGCUCUGUAUGUAGGAUAGCAGCACAUAGAGUAGGUUAACAUUGGAACUUGAACAACACCUCUUUCAUUGAAUGCAGUUUAUAUUCAGAUUAAAUGAACCUGUUGAGAUCAAUCAUAUUGGGGAAAAAACGAUGUUUGGAAACUGAUUUAAAUGUUGAAAUUACUGAAUGAAAGCUCAAUAGAAGCAGUGUCUCAAUGGAAGACGCUGCAUCCUGCUGACUGAUUUUUUUUAUUUUUCUUUUGAGUGCCUUGGUUUUGAUCUUGUCUGUUGUUUUAAUGCUGCAUCACAUUUUCCAACCAGAGGUAUUCGACACUGUAGUUGUGAUGUAUUUGAAGGUUUGUUUGAGGAAACUCAUUAUGCAGUGUUAGCACUGGAUUCGGUGGUAUCUCAUUGUGGGAAAAUGUUUUCACUUUUUAGCUAGCGUGACUUGUUUGUUUAUGAACUUUCAUAAUGAAUCCGCACUGAUGGCUCCCCCUGAAAAUAAUGGUCAACUUUUGAUUUGUUUUUCUGAACUGUUACUGUGAGGAGAGUUACAGUAUAGGAAUAAUUCACGCAGGUAAUUAGGAACAUAAUGCAUCGCACACAUUAUGCGUUAUGUUACAGUAAGGUUUUAAAGUGGUACAUCCACUUUUUUAGACUGCAGGGGGAGAUGGCCUGAUGAUGUUUGACUGUUCAUGCGCUCGUGCCGAAAAGUGGAAAUGCUUUACCAUCAUGUUGUAUCGCUUUGAAGGUUGUAAAUGGAUUUAUUCAUCUAUUUAAUUCACUCUGUGCAGAUGUGUGUUUAAUUUAAUUACCUCUGUUGUAUAAUAUUUUAACUUCUAUUUAUGUGGUCUGCAUUCUGUGUGAAUUGAUCUUGAGGACGACAUGCACACACUCCGCAUAACACACGUGAUGGUCCUCAACUUCUUACGUGUUUGCAAGUUCCUUUCAUUGACCUGUGAACCACUUUCGUCAUGAAGAAUAAAACAAGCCAACACUGUA